CGCCUCCAGUUGGUGCUCAUCAGUCACUUGAGGUGGAUGGCGUUCGUCGUCUCACAGAAGACGAGUCUCUAGGUGCUGCGGCAAUAUCUCCAGCAGCCAAGGCAAGAUGGGGACACCAGACGGUGAGAGAGUUCUUUCUCUGGCAGCCCUGGGCCGUCCCUUCCGCUUAGGGAUGCUUUACGACAGCAGGACCGAAAGACUGAUACCCGGCAUUACUUUGUGGGACGAGGCCACACUGCAGAACAAAACAGAGCAGCAGCUGGAGACCAGUGACUUCCACGUGUCCUGCUCUGACUCUCUAGAUGACAAGGCUUCGGCGCUGGAGGUGAACGCCUCGCUCAAACUUAGUUUCUUGGGCGGCCUUGUGGAAGUGGAAGGAGCAGCAAAAUACCUCGACAACAGGAAGAGCUCCAGCCACCAGGAACGCGUGACCUUGCAGUACAAGUGCACAACUCGGUCGGAGAGCAUGACGAUGGAGCAGUUAGGUCAGGGGCGAGUCCAGCAUCAACAAGUGUUUGAUCACGGAACAGCAACGCACGUCGUCACAAGUAUCAUUUAUGGUGCACAGGCAUUUUUCAUCUUUGACAGACAACAUUCGUCUUCAAGCCAUGAAAAAGAAGUGGAAGGAAAUGUCCAUGCAUUGAUAAGGAAAAUACCUUGUAUAAAGAUAGAUGGAAAGGGCGAACUCCAGUUAUCAGAAAAUGAAAAGAAAAAAACGGAAGAGUUUACUUGUAGAUUUUUCGGAGACUUUUUGUUGCGCCAGAACCCUUCGUCUUUCUCUGAUGCAGUGAGGCUCUACCAAGAACUUCCGAAGCUUUUGGGAGUUGGAGGAGAGAAAGCGGUGCCAGUCAAGGUUCAGUUGUAUCCUCUCUGCCUAAUUGAUAACAAAGCAAUUAGACUGGUGCGAGAGAUUAGCGUUAAUUUAGUCAGUGAAACGGAGAAGUUCUUUGAAGACAUGCAGGAGAUCAGCAUUAAAUGCAAGGACAUUUUGAAAUCAGAUGCAGUAAAGCGUUUCCAGGGCAUUGAGUAUCAAAUACGAGAAUACAUAAAUAUAACAGAGACUUACAAACGUAUGAUUCAGAAGGAACUGUCUGAGAUGCUGCCCCGUAUCAGAGGAGGCGGAGACGAAGAGGGAUGUUUGGUGGAACUCUUGAACAAAAUGAGCCGGUCUCCACUCAGCUGUCUCGCUCUCCGAUCCUGGCUCCAGGCAAAAUGCACACAGGUAAAAGUUCUCAAUGAGUAUACAAAAGCUCUGGGUGACAUUAAAUUUGCUACAGAACCAGGCGAUUUGGAGUCUGUUAUCAUGAACCCGGAUAGCACGUAUUCCCUGUGCUUGAGCAUUUCAAUACCCUCACAUGACUCCCAGCUGGAGACAAUGAAGCGAUGCUGCCAUGAAACUCAGUUUAUGAACACUCCUGACGUAGCUGGUGGUUCAGCCGCACCUCAGCAGAUAAACAGCAAUUCCAUGAUGGAAGUGGCCACUGUGUUCAGAAAUUUUUAUUCUGCCAAUGAAACCAAGAAGGAAUUGUCAUUUUUAGUGUCGCAAGAGUUUUGUGAAUCUGAUGCAUUUUUUGCUCGGGUCAAGUGCUAUAAAUAUGGCAGACUUGUCAGUGGCGACUAUGAAUUGCCGUCAGCGCCGGAGAGAGUCAUGGUUGAAGACACCACGCACGAUAGUGUCACCAUUAGCUGGAGUCCGCCCAAAUAUGGGGCUUCUUCUGCGAAGUGCUAUGUUGUUAGCUGCUGCAAGGAAGGAGAGCAUUCAGUUUUCUCAACGCUCACUGUAAACCCUGAUCAUAGACAGGCUUCCAUAUCUUGCCUGGACGCCAACACAGCAUAUGAGUUCCGGGUGUGGGCCAGGGACGAGGUCGGAGAUGGUCCCGUCGGGAAUGCCAUAGUGACAGUGAGGACAAGGCCUGCCAGUCCUCCCCAGCACCUUAGAACUCUGAAGAGGUCUCCAACGAAGAUAUGUCUGAAAUGGAUGCCUCCCUCAUGUGUAGCCAACGGAUGCAAGAUCGAAGGGUACAUUGUUAAGGAGGAAACAAGCGCCAGUCACUGGGUAGAAAAAGCGCGCACUUCCGGAAAUAAACUGUCCCACGUAGUGAAUGUUGACCCUAACACUGUCGCCAGAUUCAAGGUGGCAGCCUCAUGCGGCCCAGCUGGAGUAAGCCGUGACAGUGACGUUAGCAUCAUGGAUCCUGCUACCCCAGUCACUCUCCUUGAUCUCAAAGAAUGCAUUUGUGAUGAAUCAUCUUUGAUACAAAACAAUCCCAACAUCUACAAACCCAAUCUAAAAGUGAUUUCAAGAAAUUCUGUGGACAUGAUUGAAAAGCUUGAAUUUGGAGAUCACAAACCAAAUGUCACAGAGAAAGUCAUAAUGCUCGUGGGUGCGACCGGUUCCGGCAAAACAACGCUAAUCAACGGUCUUGUGAACUACAUCUUCGGAGUCGAGUGGAAAGACCAGUUUCGUUUCAAGAUGGUUCUGGAGCCCAACGUUUCUAACCAAGCAAUGAGUCAGACCACAAAAAUCACUUCGUACACCCUACACCACCAGGAGGGCUUCAGGGUGCCCUACACCCUCACCAUCAUAGACACGCCAGGCUUUGGAGAUGUGAGCGGCAUCAUGCGGGACAAAGAGAUAACUGAAAGUAUCCGAAAGUUUUUCACAGCCUAUGGUGCGGAUGGCAUCAGCCACAUCGAUGCUGUUGGCUUUGUAGCCAAUUCCUCACUUCCCAGACUAACGCCAACGCAGAAAUAUAUAUUUGACCAGAUUUUGUCUCUUUUCGGGAAAGACAUUGCUGACAAUAUAUUUUUACUUCUCACCUUUGCGGAUGGCAAAAAACCUCAGGUUUUAAGUGGAAUCAAGGAAGCAAAAAUACCCUACAAAAAGCACUUCAAAUUCAACAACUCUGCUCUAUAUGCACACCAGAGUAGUGAGUGCGACGAGAAUGAACACGACAGUGAUGCAGAUGAAGGAGAGUGGAACUUCGACAGUCUGUUUUGGGAUAUGGGAUUCAGGAGCUUUGAUUUGUUUCUUAAACAGCUUAACAUCGUUGAGAGUAAGAGUCUCAUCCUUACACAGGAUGUGCUCACUGAGAGGAACAGACUUCAGAUUUACGUUAUUGGCAUACAAAGGGAUAUUAGGCAAGGCCUUACCACCUUAGAGAGGCUCAGGAAAGAAAUAGAUAUGCUGCAAACACAUCAUGCAGAUAUAGAGAGAAACAAAAACUUUGAGUAUGAAGUUGAAGAAGAGAUAUAUGUACAAACGCCUAUCCCCUCUGGUCAGUAUAUAACAAACUGCAUCCAUUGUAAUCGCACGUGCCAUGAGAAUUGUAAGAUCCCUGAGGAUCAAAGAAAAAGUGGAUGCACGGCGAUGAAAAAUGGCAGCUGCCGUUGCCCAGGAAAGUGUCAUUGGACGAUGCACAAGAACUUCCCAUUCAAAUAUGAACUAACAAUGAAGAAGACCAAGAAGACAGUCAACGAACUCCGCCAGCGCUAUGAAGAAGCCACCCAGAAAAAGCUAACUACGGAAAAUCUUAUUGAGGAAGUUAACGGAGAAUUCGAAGCCCUAAAAGUUAAAGUUUUGGGCAUGACUAACUCUGUGAGAAAGUCUCUCCAACGGCUUCAGGAAAUAGCUUUAAGACCCAACCCACUGACCACAGUGCAAUACAUUGACAUACUGAUGGAGUCCGAGAGAAGCCAAGCAGAGCCGGGAUGGCAGGCAAGGCUGGAACAGCUCAGCAACGUCAGGAAAGAGGCUGAGUACAUGGAAAUGAUAGCUGACAAAGGUUUCGACCCUUUUAAACAAUAUAUAGAAAAAAUUCAGAUUAAAACAAAAGCUACAAAACAUUGGACAUCUAAAGUUAUUAGUUACUGUAAGAAAAAUUUCAUAAGCUCUGAUGAAUAGGUUCCCAGGCAUAAAGUUGUGCAGACGUAUGUAUCUUCUCAGAGAGGAUGUACAUUAGUACUGUACACUGAACAAUGUCCCUCCAUAUACAUACAAAAUUUGUCAUAAGAUAAAGACAUAGUGAUUUUUUACUUAUUCCAGCAGAUUUUCUUGAAAGGAUAUUGGUGGCGACAAACGUUUUCCAUGGACUGCUUCCAAUUCUGUUCCACUCACAACUGUUAUGUUAAGGAGUUGCUUCAGUCGCUUUUAAGCCUGAAGAGAAGCAUGAUAGAGGAAGGGGCUUUUGUACGCUGUAGUAAUGGAUUCAAAGCUCCAUAACAAUGCCAUUACUAGUCCCUUACAGGACAAGGACCUGUCCCAACACUCUACACCUCUGUCUGAUGUUAGUGUAUUCCAUGCUGCUCCGACAAAUGUUUUUUUUAUUUUUUUAUGUCACCUUGUCAAAGUUGUUCCCUUCAUGUACGCUAGACCUGCUCGUAGAGUACAACCAAUACAAAGGUUAUCACAAAUUAUUUUUUAUUGUUGUACUUACACAAGAUAAACAUUAGACGAACAGAUUGUGGCCCCACUUUGGUUUAGUAGGACACCAAGAAUCUUUUCCUCCAUGUCAGGAAUUCGCUCUUAAUGCAUUAAUUGCAAAUGAUAAUAUUAAACUAUUGUUAGGGCAAACUUUUGUUAACUCGUGAUUGCAGUGAUUUUAGGAGUAUUUAUCAUAAUUACUGGAUGUUUCAUUUGAAAAAAUGCAUUUUGUCAUGUCACUAUACAAAGAAAAGCACAAAAAAAGAAGUCGAAGACAAAGGACCAAUCAGUCCACGAAAGACUGCCCAUGUGUACAUUUGCAUCAAUUUGCCAUCCCAAUCAAUUAUCUGAAUGUAUUCGCCUGUCUAUCAAUCUAUGCAUUUAUCCAUAUAUACACAUGGAAGAAAAAAUCAUAUAUAUAUAUAUAUAUAUAUA